GAAGACAAAGCAUGGCGAAGCCGCUGCUCUUCAUCGCGGUGAUUCUUGCGGUGUUCUCCGCCGGAGCUUCCGUCGAUGACAAAUGCGCUGCUUGUAAUGCCGUCGCGGAGGAAUUGGAGUUUCAGCUUUCGAAGGAAAAACCACGGAACCAUCUUGAUAUGAGAAAUCGAUUAAAUUCUAAGGGGCAACGAGAAGGAAAGGUUAUUGAUUACAGAGCAAGUGAUCUGAGGGUUGCUGAUCUGUUGGAUGGAUUGUGCGAAAGAAUGAAAGACUAUACUCUAGAAAAGGUGGAUUCGACAAAAGGAUUAUGGGUCAAAGUGGAUAGCUUUGACGAUCUUACAAAUAAACAGGAAGCUAAAGCGCAUGCAAAUGACAUCUCAACUUACUGCGGAAGGUUGCUCGAGGAGACUGAAGACGAGCUCUCUGAGGUAAUUAAGGAAGGAUCCUUGAAAGUCGGAGGAGUCAGCAACGUCCUGUGUCGAAUGCUGAGCAAUCACUGCAAGCAAACAAGCGAAAGAGAGACAGAAGAAGACGAGGAUGACGAUGAUGGGGACGAGCUUUGAGUCAUCAAAUACGAGCCGGGGAACGAAUGAUGAUAACACUCUGUUAGUGCCACAAACUCAUCAAAACGCAGAUCCAAAGUUCUUUCUUGUGUUAGAGUUUUUGCUCACAGAUCGACAUUUCUAGGGUUCAAACUAAUGAGCUCCAUUUCUCGAACU